CAUCAGGUAAAACAUCGGCUACGUUUGCUUUGCCUUGUUGCCCAUAUUAGAUUCUUGAUGAAUGUGUGUUGUUGUUAUUCAGCCUGGUUCAAUGUGCCCCUUUUUAACUUUGAGCACCUGGAUCAGUCAGCAGAGUGACCAGCAGUGGGCUGAGCACACAGCCCUGAGGGACUCCAGUGCUCAGUGUGGUGGUGUUGGAGAUGAUGUUACCGAUACAGACUGUUUGAGGUCUCUCUUUCAGAAAGUCCAGGAUCCAGUUGCAGAGGGAGGUGUUCAGGCCCAGCAGGCCCAGUUUUCCAAUCAGCAACAAAGUAACAGAGAGAUGAAAUCAUUGCUCCUCUUGUUUCUUACAGACUUUGUCUCUACUGAAGACCUAAAAGUAGUCAAGAAUGCUGGAGAGACUGUGACUUCACACACUAAUGAAACAUGGCAUCAAAACUGCAGGGGUGUUCAUGUUUAUGUUCUGGAGGGGAACAAUGUCACGCUGAAUCCUGGACUAAAGGAACAAAUGGAAGACCAUCAAGUCAGAUGGAUUGAAGGUCAAUAUUGUGAUGGAAAGGAGAUAGCUUAUUGCGAGAAUAAUGUAAUCACUAUUAAUGACAACUUCAAGGAUCUUCUGCAGCUGAACCCACUGAAUGGAGCUCUGACCUUUAUUGGUAUAACCAAAAGCCUUGCUGCAGGCUACUGUGUCAAGAUAAAGCUGUACAAGAAGCCAUUCAUACUGAGAAGAUAUUUUCUUGGCGUCUAUGAUCCUGUUUUGGUACCAAACAUCACUGCAGCUCAAGCUGACACAGGCAGACAGCCGGUUACUGAUGAGAUCUGCUUUGUCAGAUGUUCAGUGAAAAAUUCACCCAAUGUCACACUGUCCUGGUACAGAGGAGAGGAGGAGAUAAACCAGACCAAGAACCCAGACAUCUCCAUCCAUCUAACCCUGACUCUGACAAUCCAGAGGCAGAAUGAAGCCAUCUACACCUGCAGGGCAGAAAACCCUGUCAGUAGUGAGACAGCUGCCCUCAACUCCACACUGUGGUGUCCAGCUCAUGGCACAGAUAAUCCGGUUAUUUGUGUUAAUGUUCUUGAGGGGAACGAUGUCACUCUGGACCCUAAAGUAAACGUGCAACUGCAAAACCAGAAAAUCAGAUGGAUGCAGGGUAAACGCUGUGAUGGAGAGACCAUAGUUCGGUUUGAGAAUAAUACGACUAAUAUUAAUGAAAGCUUUGAAGGGCAUCUGCAGCUGAACCCGCACAGUGGAGAGCUCACCUUCAUCGGCAUAACCAAAAACCUUGCUGGGAGUUACUGUGUCAGGAUACUGAUAGAUGGGUUCCUGGACAGAAUUGAAACAUUUUUCAUCACUGUCUAUGAUCCUGUUUCUGUUCCACACAUCACUGAAGCCCAGACCGACAUUACAGCAAAGACCAGUGGGAUCUGCUCUGCAAGAUGCUGGGUAGAGAAUUCAUUAAAUGUCACCCUGUCAUGGUACGAGGAAGGAAGUGGAAGAGGAAGUGAGAUUAUAAUGCAAACUAGUGACCCAGAUGUCUCCAUCAACCUAACCCUGACUCUGGAGAUCCAGAGGCACAAUGAAUCCAUCUACACCUGCGAGGCAGAAAACCCUGUCAGUAACAAGACUGCUGCCCUCAACUCCAGACUGUGGUGUUCAGCUCAUGACACAGGUGGUUGGCAAAGGUUGGCAAAGAUUAUUGGGAUAUUUGCAGCGUUUCUUCUCCUCCUACUGAUUAUUGGUGCUCUGUGGUAUAUACAAAGAAACAGAAAUUUAGGAAAUAGUAACACUACACUAGAGAUGCAAGACAGACAAAAAGGGAUCAUUCAGAAAAACCCAGACCCCCAGCUAGGAACAGGGAUGGAGGAGAUUCACGAGCACAAGGAGACACCUGGAGGAGGAACGGAUAUUCGCUACCACGCACAGUCAGAGCACGGGAAGGAGGACAUGACUAACCACUGUUUUGCACAUUGA